ACAGUUUCAACAGUUUCACAGUUAACUGCUGCACAUGUACUGCACUGGAUUGAACUGCACAUAGAUAUUUACUGAACCGGAUUGAACUGCACUACACCGUUUUGCACAGUGUUCCUGUUUUUGUCCACACGCCGUAUGUGAAUUAACUUGGAUGCCGACUCUCGGUUUAAAGAGCUGUGAUGCGCUGGAGUAGAGUUUGAGAGUUUGUGGGCAGCUGGCAGGUUAAACAGUCUGAUCAAAGUCCAGAUAAGAUCAUUUUAUUUGUAACAUCGAGCUUGCUCUCUGCACGUUUGCUCGCAAACACGCUAGAAACAAUGAAACUGCUGUUGUCCUGUCUUCUCCUGACUGCUGGACUUGUCACUGGGUACCGCAGUCCUCUGAAUGACUUCCAGCGUUCGGAGGGCAGAGAGCUGGUUCCUACCUCCUGGAACUCAGCUCGAGUGCAAAUGUUGCCGGGCCUGAACCUGGAGGACUGCGCCACACGCUGCUCCCAGUCACUGGACUGCAGAGCGUUCAACUAUGAGACACGUCCGACUGUCACCUGUAAACAUCUGCCCUGGGUGGGCGACGGCAGCAACGCGGAGGUGAAGAGAAACGUUAACUGUGACCUUUACGAGAAGAAAGUCUAUGUAAGGAAGUGCAUCGUGGGUAAAGGGGAAGACUACCGAGGGAAAGUCUUCACCACAAAGAGCGGACUCACCUGCCAGCAGUGGUGGUCCAAGUUUCCUCAUGAUCACAGGUGGACUCCCACAGCCACUAAUGGCCUGGAGUUGAACUACUGCAGGAAUCCAGAUGGGGACCGCAUCGGUCCGUGGUGCUACACCACCGACCCGGAGCGACGCUAUGAAAGCUGCAACAUUCCCCAGUGCAAAGACGAGGUAUGUAUCACAUGUAACGGAGAGGACUACAGAGGGCAGGUUGACCACACUGUGAGUGGCAGAGAGUGUCAGAGAUGGGACCAGCAGUAUCCUCACCAACACAUCUACCAGCCUGAAAAGUAUCCUGAUAAGAGUUUAGAUGAUAACUACUGCCGUAACCCUGAUGCCUCUCCGGUGCCCUGGUGUUACACCACAGACCCGGAGGUGGAGAGAGAAAACUGCGAGAUCAGCAAAUGCACUGAGGUGCGUGUUGAGAAACGCCAGCGCUCCAGCUUCACCACUAACUGUUUCCGUGGCCGCGGGGAGGAUUACCGCGGUAAAGUCAACGAGACAACAUCUGGUAUCGCCUGCCAGCGGUGGGACGCCCAAUAUCCUCACGAGCAUCCCUUCUACCCAAAUACAUAUGAAUGCAAGGGUUUGGAGGAGAACUACUGUCGUAACCCAGAUGGGUCGGAGGCUCCCUGGUGCUUCACAUCUGUGUCAGAGAUGAGGACCGCUCUCUGCUUACAGAUCAAACGCUGCGCAGACGACAUCGAAGCUGAGGAUUGCUACCAUGAAAAUGGAAAAAACUACCGAGGCAUGGUUCGUAAAACUCGUAAAGGCAUCACCUGCCAGAAAUGGAACGUGAACACACCUCACCGGACCAAAAUAAACCCAAGGACGCAUCCUGAGGCCAAUCUCACAGAAAAUUACUGUCGAAACCCAGAUGGGGACCAGCACGGACCCUGGUGCUACACCACUGAUCCCAAAACUGAGUUUGACUACUGCGCCAUCAAACAGUGUGCUGGAGAGAGACCGCCCAUGACUGAAACAGUAGAGAACACAGAGGAGUUUAGUGAGUGUGGGAAGAGAGAGGACCGCUUCCAGAGGACAAGGUUACGUAUCGUAAAUGGGAUACCUGGGAACUCGCCGUGGACAGUGAGCCUCAGAGACAGGAAAGGAAACCAUUUCUGUGGAGGAUCCCUGGUUAACCCCAGAUGGGUGAUCAGCACCAAGCAGUGUUUCUCCUCCUGCUAUGUGGACCUGCCCGGGUACUCGGCCAUGAUGGGAACACUGUAUCGUGAUCCACAAGAAGGAGAACCUGGUGUGCAAACCAUCCCUCUCACCAAGAUCGUCUGUGGACCCUCCGAGUCUCAGCUGGUCAUGUUGCAACUGGAAUACCCUGCCCAGUUUAACGAACGUGUCUCUCAGAUCUGCCUCCCUCCUGAGCGCUACAUAGUAGCUGAGGGGACGACUUGUGAGAUCGCAGGAUGGGGUGAGACGAGAGGCACUGGAGAUGAGACUGUCCUCAACGUGGCACACAUACCAGUUCUUAGUAACAAGGAAUGCAACAAAUACUUCCGAGGUCGUGUUCGUGAGAAUGAGAUGUGCACCAGCUCUUUCCAGGGUGGAGUAGGUGCCUGUGAGAGAGACUACGGCGGCCCGUUGGCGUGUCAGAACAGGGACUGCUGGGUACUCGAGGGUGUGAUCAUCCCCAUGAGGCGCUGCGGACACCCGGGGCAGCCCAACAUCUUCAUCCGUGUCUCGGUCUAUGUGGACUGGAUCAAGAAGGUCAUGGAGAUGGCUUAGAGACAGAUACUGCCAUCCAACAGGGACUGAUCAAAUCUGCUUUCAACGCCCACUUUCAUAUGACCAUAUGUUUUUUUUUCAUCUCAAGAGUUUCUUUUGCAAUAAAACAUAUUAAUAAUACAUCCAAUUUUAUAAUCAGAUUUUAUUAUACGAGUUAUAAUGUUAUUAUAUUAUAAAAAUAUACAGGAAACAUUGCAGGUAUCAUCUUGUUAAUGGAGAAAAUGCAGGGACAGCACUGUCAUUUGUUGUUUUCUGCUUUGAAUUAUUUUUUAUGUCCAUUUAAAUUCAGUUAGUCCUUUCAGCCACAGUAUCUGACGUUAAAAUGCGUCAUUUAAAUUCAUGAACUGCCUGUUCAGCAGUCAAAAUCCACCAGACAGAAUGAGCAGAAAACACUUUACAUUCUCAAAACAUAACCACGUACGCUGAGAUGCAAAACAAAGAGCCGUGCAGAGAAGAUUUAUGAUAAUAAUGUAAGUAAAGUUGUACAAAGUUGUGUUAUUUAUUCACGAACAACUACAAAACUAAUAGCGUCUCAGGUUUGGAGAAGAAGAAUAACUGGGAAUAAUUAACUUCCAAUAACAAGGGAGGUGUCGGGGGGUUUUUAAGUUGCACCCUUUACCACAAAACUGUACGCCUCCCCUUGCUCUCCCUGGCAUUGAAUGGAGCUCCAAAAUACCUUCUUUGCCCCCAGCCUCUAAAGAAAUCCCUCCUCUGCCUGUCUUUUGAUGCCUGCCCCCACCUCUAAAGACAUGCCUUUGUGCCUUAUGCAGAACUGUAUGCGCUGCACAUUCUUUCUAGUUCUAUAGGAGGAUUUUUGUAACCCGGUCCUGAUGAGCCCACGGAAUUCAGCUUAAAUAAACCUCAAGAUCAGAGUCCAACAGAAUCUCAGACACACCAGCCUGCAGAAGGCCACUGAACUCUCUCUCUCUCUCUUUCUCUCUCACACAGACGACCAUCCCCCUCUUUCUCUCUCUCUCUCUCUCUCUCUUAUACCUCAUUCUACCUUUCUGCCUCUUUCUCUCAGUUAUUUUCAUAGCAGCAUUUUCCCCCCACUUUUGUCUCAACAAUCAAAAUAUACCAACAUUUUUUUAUUAUUUUGUAGAAAUGAGAACUAAUAGAACUGAAGUCUGAGCACAUUCCCACCAACUAAUAAUGGACAAUUAUCCCAUCACUCUGCGUUUGGAAAUAGCAGCUUGGCAGUUAGGAUUUCAGUGUAAUUUUGUUCACUUUCAUUUAGUAAUAUUUAUAGUGGAUGACUAAUCAAAAAUUCAUAUACAACUAUCAUUUCUUAGUAACUGUUGCCAAAAGUGCUUCUGGGAAACCUGACUGAACUUUUUAGUAAAUGCUGCCACAACAAUAUGCAAAUGUUUUCUUUGUUAUUCUGUUUUAUGGUAAUGAUAAUCAAGUGUAGGCUGCGUGAGAUAAACAUUUUAUGCAUGUGAAUUCAUCAAUAGUUUUUUUUUUUUUUCUUCGAAGUGUAAUAUUCUGGUUUCACAGGAUAUUCAAUCUGUGAAUUUCCGAAUUACAUCAUGAAACUGACACUGUAAGUCACGCAAAUUGAACUCUGUGCUUCAUCUUUGUAACUUAAAGCUUUAUAUUUUGGUCUCAUGCCAACACGCUCACCUGACAUGACUCCAUGAGCGGUCCAGCAUUAAGUCGUCCCUGGAAUGUGUAUUCACUGCCGUUCAAACAUUUCCAUCUGUAUUUAUCAGUUUGUGCAAACUUACACAAAGUUCCCUCUUGAGAAUCACAAGGACCAGAAAAAGAAAAAUUGACAUUAUCUUUGCCUCUGCUCUAUUUUGUAUAUUAUUUUAAGUGUAA